AACACAAAUAAUUGUGUACUAUCGUAGUUGCCCAAAUUUUUUAUACAAAUAUCGUUUAAUAUUGCAUCUGAUAGCAAGUUUAUUCGAUUUGAUAGAAAUAUCAGUAUUGCUCAGCCAGAGUCCGGUUAGCUAACAAUAUUGAAUAUUGGGCGUAAACUUGCACAAAGCAACCUCUGAAUUUUCAUUUUUGAGCUGACCAAACAUGUCCGCCAAGAAGAAUACCGACUCUGUGCUUUACGAAGAAGAUGAAGUGAACGCGUUUGUAGUUUGGAAGCAUCGGUUGGCAGUGGACAAUAAUGAUAGUGGCGAAGAAACGUUUACUAACUUCAGCUAUGUACUGGAGACGGAUUCCAAUGAUAUGUCGUCGCUCUCCGUAAACGAAGUUGUUCCUUUUAAUGAAAUGGAGAAAGAGUUUCCAGAAGAGCUGAAACAAUCCACCGAGAUGGCUAAUAUUAACGUAUUAUAUAACAUUGUCCAAAACAAAAUGGAUUUAGGUGAAAAACGUGGACCAAAAUUUCUUUGCGAAGAGUGCGGAUACCGUAUGCACACUCGUCUCAGUAUGAUUACGCAUAUGAAAAUGCAUCUUAAGCCGUUUUGCCAGGUCUGCUUUCGUGUGUUUAAUUCGACCGACGCUGUGAACUGUCACAUAAAUUCCACACAUCCGGAAGUAAUAAUUGCGGAUCGAGCAACAACAUCGACACCUAAAGAUUAUUACUACAUGCAGACUAUCGCUCCUCCAAAUACGCCAAAUCCAAUAUCAGAUGAUGAGAUGCGUACUAUUGAAAGCCUUGUUAACCCAAUUGUGAAACUUCCAAUUAACGCCACUGCUGUACAUAAACUAUUCAAUCGGGAUGACAUCGAUGAAACUUUUAGCACCGAGGAUGAACACGGUCUGGUAAUCGAUGAACGUCCGCAAAAAGUAAAACGUAAACGUUCAAUUAAAAAGCCCCCAGUUUUGAAACGUCAGCUAAAGAAAAAGAUAAUAUCAAAAGUUAAAAACUCUGAUGAUUCUAAGCCGGAAAAUGUUAUGAAAAAAAUAACGUCCAGAUUCGGACGUGCUAUUAGCUUAAAACUACCGCAAUAUUACUAGAUUUAAGAGUUAUAUCAUUUGUUAUUGUUUUCGUUAAAUGAAUUGAAUUGCCAAGCAC